UUUGACAACUAAAAUUUUGUUUUUGUUUGUAAAUAAUCGGACCGUGACCUGAACCGUGAUUGUUUUUUGUGAUAUUUUUUAUUUAGAUAUUUUGCAGUUUUUAGUUUGUUGUGAAUAGUUUUUGAAUAGUUUUAAACAUGGAUGAGGAAUGGUUCUGGAUGCAGCUCGAGCAAAAAUACGGCCAAGUAAGCCUGCACUUAAAGAACAUCCUUCGGCUGCAGAGCUUGUGCCGCCAAUCGCUGGCGAACCUUACGGAGGAACGCAUUCGACACAUCGAGGACGACAUGAGGAGCAUGGCCGAAUGCCUGACGGUGGAAGCGAACGCAGGAGGGACACCGUUGCGUGAGAUUUAUGGUCUGCAAUUCGCCAAAAAUCCGGAGCGCUUCCGAUUUUUGGCAGGAGAAGUUAUGUGCUUGCUAGACUUAGCACAAAUUAUGCGGGACCACUCAGCUACGUCGUUCAUACGGCCUUUAAAAAAAGCUAAAGCUUGUCUUUCCCAACACCCCGAGCCUGUCGCGAACCCAUACACAGAUGGGUUAUUGGAUAAUCUACGCCGAAAAAUAACCCUACAUAUCCGAUCCCUAACAUCUCGAAAUGACCUUAUGGAAAAAGUGAACAAAAUGGAUGCAAAGGUGUACUUGACCAACGCCGGGCAGUAUAAUGCGACAAUAAUAUGCCCAUUUUGCGAAGCCAAACCCUCAAAAAUAACUCUGAGCAUGGACGUCACUGGAAGUUGGCACAUAUUUGGAUUCAAACGACAUUACAAUACGUUCCAUUUGUCGUUACCGGACUCCAUGGCCGAACCAGUUAUCAAACGCAGCAAAAACGAUACGAAAAAGGAGUCAUACGAUCUCAAUUACGAAGACGUCGAAGUAUUAGAAGAAAACAUCACAGUUGAACUUCUCACCGAUGUAAGCAAAAAUGAACCGGCAUUGAAUGGUUCAGAUCCAUACUCAUAUAGAAGAUCUCUCGAAAUGUAUAAUGAUAGCGUCUGCACUGAAGAAUAUGUGUUUGCCAAGGAUGCACAAUUUGAAGCAGUGGAAUUCCUUGAAGGGUACCAGGAACACGUCGAAGAGAAUAGUACAGACAAACCUUUCGCCGAUAUAAUUCAAAUGAAUCCGUCUUCGAGUGAUGCUGAUCCGUACUACGUGGAAAAUGAUAGCUUUGUCGAACUUCAUUAUGAUAGCGUUUGCACUGAAGGUGUUGUGAUUUCCGAGGAAGCAACAGUUGGAUUUGUGGAAUUCGUUGAAACGAGUCAAGAGGACACCCAAGUGGAGAUUAAAUUCGAAGAAGUGUCAAACGAUAAAAUCUAUUUGCAUCCUGAUGAAACCAGUUUCGAUCCUCUGGAGGGAACAAACCCGUCGGAAAACUGAAGGUUUGGAGUGAGCCGGUCGAACACUUCAACGAACCUUGCUCUGCGACCGAUCAAUCUAACACUUUACUUGAUCUACACGUCAGCAUUCACGAGCGGGCAAAAAUUACCAAUGAACGAGGCAUGCGCUACAACGACUUAGAGUUGGAUGUAGCCGCUUACGAUUAUAUGACGGCUGGUUGUAGUAACUAUCAAUGUAAAAGACAAAAUAUGUCUCUGCCUUGCAUCAAAACGUUGAAAAAGCAUAUCUCUUCGCAUACUGAAGAUACUCGAGAAGGUAUUUUAAUGAUUGCUCCACUCGUCAAAUACUUGAAGGCUCACGACUACCCGAUGCGUGUUGUACUAAGUGAGGAUGGAACACCUGUAUCGCCAAAUCCUGAAUACGAUUGUAAAACCGACUCAAUUCGAGGACUAGUCGCUCCUUUGAAUGAAAACGGCAUGCCAAAACAAGAUCUGUUCAUAGCCAGUUCGGUGGCAAAACUCAUCAACGAUCUCGAUACAUACACCGUUGGCGAAUAUUUGUACACGAUUCUUGCAACACCAUUGGUCCCGAAAGCAUCACCUUUCUGCAUUUUCUAUAUGUGUACGGACAACAAAUUUACACAUGAAGAUGUGCUUCGUAGAUGGCGUUAUAUUGAAACACAACUUGCUAAUGCUGGAAUCACUGUAGUAGCUAAUGCUUCCGAUGGGGAUCCACGAUUGCUCACUGCUAUGAAAUGCAGGACAGGUCUUCCUCGAGAAGCGCCGUGCAAAGUGUAUGGACCACAUUUUGUUGCUGAAUUAGGCGACGAUGCACUUUGCAUCCAGGACUCAAUCCACUUGAUCAAUAAACUAAGGCAUAGUUUACUAGAUCCUAAAAAGCAUAUGUACCUUGGAAACUUUACAAUCGCAUCGUCGCUUUUGAAACAGAUGAUGGAUUAUGGAGACAAAUCUGUGCAUAAACUGAAUCCAUCCGAUUUAAAUCCGUUGGACAAAAUGAAAUUUGAUCCAUCAAUAAAAUUAAUGUCUUCCGAGUUGAUUGAACAUCUGGGCGAAGUGGUCCCUGGAAGCAAUGGAACGGUUGCGUAUUUGAAAGUAAUGCGUUUGAUAUAUCAAGCAUUUAUCGAAGAAAACAUCCCACCGAAAACCCGAAUUACAGCGAUUUGGACUGCUUUAUUUUUCAUUCGAGCUUGGCGUUCUAUUAGUUUGAAGAAUACGAAGAACAUCAAACAAUGUCCAACUUCAAAUGUCUAUUGGUCCCUGGAACUCAACGCACAUGCACUUAUCCAAUUUGUAAUUGUUUGUCGUGAAAAUCACCAUCCGGAACAAUUUAACGUUCCCAUCCUGUCCAGUCAACCAUGCGAAACAUGUUUCAGGGAAUUGCGUUCGAUGACUACACUAAAUCACACUGCCAUCAAUUUCACUAUUAAGGACGUCGAGCAGAGGAUGCAAAAGGUGCAGAUGAAACUGCUAAUAAUGUAUCGCAGGAAAAAUUUGCUUCAUUUCCCUACUUUGCGAAAACAAGAUCAAAAAGCUUCAGAAACAAUAAUUUAUGAUCUACCAACCGACGAUGAAAUUUGUAGAGCUAUUUUGGACGCAGAGAUUGACGCCACAGAACUUCUAAUUUCUGUCGGAUGCAUUAAGGAUGAAAUCUAAUUUUCUAAUAAUAUUGUUAUUCGAAAUUCUCAAACAACACCCGAAUUUCAAUUUGUCAGUGCGCUGGACGAGACAGAAUGGAACGAUGAAAAUGUUGAAGAACCAAUCCGAGACAACAAAGAUUCUAGCCGAUCAGAUGAAGCAAGUUUUGUUGACUGCAAUGGGAAUGAAUCUGAGAAAAUCGAAACAGCAGAAAGCAUAUUUCAACGAGCGGGCGGAGAAUUGAUACUACGGAAUUGUGAGUCGGUAUCCAAAAGCCAUUCGUUUAAAGUGAAAGGGAUUAAUGGGAGAAUCAUCCAUGUUAAAAAGUCCACAAUGCUUUGGCUUUUAUCGUCUGGCCGCUUUAAACGUUCAAAUGAUAGAUUAAGGCGUUUCCACCGGAUCCGAACGCUCAAUGCUCUGCCGAUUACCACCAACCAUAUUAAGGAUGACGUGACCAUUGGAGAUUGGGUGGCAUUGAGCGGUCGCCUGAUUUGCCAUGUUAGCAGUUUUCAAUAUCAGACAGGUGAAAAUACAAGUUAUAAAAUGUAUACAUAACUUUUAAGACACUUAAUCAAAUCUUGCAGGGAGAUCUAAAGCGUGUUCUCUACAAACUGUUCCUGUCAAAUGCCCUGCUAACGUGAAACGCAGAGGUAUUUUUCUAGUUGGGAAUUUUUAUAACGUAUCAGAACAAGGAGCCCUUAAUUUGUGUAACGAGCGCCACCGCCAAAAGGA